AUGGACCCCAGUUCUACAGGAACGAUGCAGCGGAUACAGAGUGAAAAGAGCAUCCUGGAUGAACCAGACUCUCCUCUCGAGUCAGCUAUACAAUACCGGAGGAAAUCUACAGUCACUGAGAAUUCACCUAAAGGAACAGUUGUUGCUACUGUUACAGCGUCAGACGCAGAGCAAGGUUCGAACAGUAAAAUAACAUAUUCAAUCACAAACAAAGUGGAUGACGUCAGGAAAGUCUUUAACAUAAACAAGGAGAACGGCGAAGUGACUUUAAUUGGGAAUACUGACUUCGAGGAUUCACGAGGUUUUCAGUUAAGUUUACGUGCUAGUGAUGUUGGAGGACUAACAGAUUCCUGUAAACUGAUUGUUGAUGUUCUGGAUUUAAAUGACAACAAACCUGAAAUCAACAUAAUGUCUAAGUCGACUGUGAUUUCGGAGGAUGCUAAACUCAAUACAGUUGUUACAAUGAUAAACGUUGAAGACAGGGACACUGGAGAAAGAGGGAAUGUUCAAUGUUCAGUUAGUGAUAGUGUACCUUUCAUUUUGAAAUCAUCAACAAAUCACUUCUAUACCUUAGUAACAGACAGUGAUUUAGACAGAGAGAGAGCCUCUGAGUAUAACAUCACUGUGACCUGCUCUGAUGAUGGAGUGCCCUCCCUCUCCAGCAGCGUCACUCUCACCUUACAGAUUUCAGACGUUAAUGAUAACGCACCUGUCUUUGAGAGGAGCUCAUAUGAGGCCUACAUUGUAGAAAACAACACACCAGGUCUCUCUAUAUUUACAGUCAAAGCCUCAGACGCUGACUGGAACCAGAAUGCCCGUGUUUCUUACAUACUGGAGGACUCCUCCGUUAACGGCGUGCCAGUCUCCUCAUAUGUGUCUGUUAGUGCUGAUAGUGGAGUCAUCCAUGCAGUGCGCUCUUUGGAUUACGAGCAGAUCAAAGAUUUCCACUUCCGCGUAAAAGCGCAGGAUGGAGGCUCUCCUCCACUCAGCAGCAACGUGACUGUGAAAAUAAUGAUCCGGGACCAGAACGAUAACCCCCCUCAGGUUCUGUACCCAGUCCAGACUGGUGGCUCUCUGGUGGCUGAAAUGGUGCCUCGUUCAGCAGAUGUGGGCUAUCUGGUGACUAAAGUGGUGGCUGUUGAUGUGGACUCUGGACAGAAUGCCUGGCUCUCCUAUAAACUGCAGAAAGCCACAGACAGGGCGCUGUUUGAAGUGGGCUUACAGAAUGGAGAAAUCAGAACUAUCCGCCAAGUCACUGAUAAAGAUGCUGUCAAGCAAAGACUGACUGUUAUAGUGGAGGACAACGGGCAGCCCUCUCGUUCAGAGAGAGAGAGAGAGAGAGAGAGAGAGCAGCCCAAGGUUAAAGUUACUUUAAAAAUGUCUCUAAACCAACCUUCCAGAGGCGUGAAUAUGAUCCGUAUUAUUUGGUAA